AAGAGCAUCUUUGCGGAUCUGAAAUACAACAAACCGUUUUUAAUCACCUAUGUAAAUACAGCAACGUUCUCAUUAUACUUGAUACCGCUGUUAUGGUCUUGUACGCGCAAAUCGAAAGCGUUUUCACCGGAGGAUGUUAUCUUGGAAACAGAAGUCAGGUUACUGGGCAACGAAGAUGUAAAGGACGCUAUAUUACAAACAGAAUCAGCAGAUGUUUCAAAGUUAACAACAAAGGAAACCGUCAAAUUGAGUUUGGCGUUUUGUUUCCUUUGGUUUUUUGCGAAUUAUACGACCAAUGCAAGUUUAGCUUAUACAAGUGUAGCCAGUAGUACAAUCUUGUCCUCUAUGUCGGGCAUAUUUACUUUCUCUGGGAUUAUAUUUGUGUCUUAUUCCGACCAAAUGACAAAACCUGAUACAAACGACUUUACCAUUCCUGCUCCACUCAUUGGUGAUCUAUUGGCUCUUUGUGGUGCGAUUUUUUACGGUUGCUAUACAACUUUAUUGAAGGUUAAAAUCGUGGACGAAUCGCGCAUCGAUAUGCCCUUGUUCUUUGGCUUUGUUGGAGCUUUCAAUGUAUUGUUUAUGUGGCCCUUCUUUAUCGUCUUGCAUUACACGGGCCUUGAAAAAUUCGAAUUGCCCUUUUCGCCAUCUAUCUGGGUCAUGAUCUUGUUGAAUGCAUUUAUCGGCACCUUUCUCUCAGAUUAUCUAUGGUUGCUUUCCAUGUUGAUGACCUCUCCUUUGGUCGUCACACUUGGUAUAUCUCUUACUAUACCACUUGCAUUGGUUGGUGAUGUUGUUUUUAAACAUUUCAUGCCUGGCCUUCAAUACGCGAUUGGUGCCACGUUGGUCGUUGCAGGAUUUUUCGUGGUGAAUAUAGCUACGUUAUCCGACGUUGAUGAAAAGGAAUUGAUCCAUCAGCGUGAAAUAAUAGGAGAAGAUGAAGAUGAUCUUGAUGUAGACGAGACACGUAGAAGAAUGGCAAGAGCUUUAAGUAUCUCCAACCCUAAUAGAAGAGCAAGUAAUGCUUCAGGAUUAAGUGCUCAUCCUUAA